AUGUCACUUCAGCAAGCUUUUGUUUUGCACACGCCAGCCUCACUCAAAUGGACUGCAGCCCAAGAAAAGAGUCUGAGCAGAGACUACCCGUUUCAAGAUCAUGAUCCAGCAGAUCCAGCCCUCUUUGUCCAGUGCACCUACCUUCACUUUCUAUGGCUUCCUCAUUCAAUCAUGCCAUUCUCUCUCUUUAUUACAUCUCUUCUCCGCAUUCGAGGCACUCCGGAUCUCGCAGAAGACCAGCCACAUCCUCUUCACCCCUUUAUCGAACCUCUCCUUCUCUCUCUUCGCGCAGCCGCGAACAAGUACCAUAAUGAGCUUCCUCAGAUUCUCGCAGACGGAGGCGGUGCAGGCGAAGCAGAGGAGAGCAUGAUGUGGUAUGCUUUGGGGUAUGAGAAAGUUGAUGGCAGCGCAGAGUGUGGCGAACACCUCAGCGGAGAAGAUAACACGAUGCUAGAAGAGAAAUGGAGGUCAGGUUGGCUCGAGCGCAUGGAGCAGCGUGAGGAAAUUCAGAUCCUGCUCUAUUUCCUCAAGCUCUCUCUUCCUGGACCAUGCACCCCAUUACCGCCUGUCGAAGUACCACCCACCGAUAAUAUUUCAUUUAUUUCGCCCAUCAAACCCAGCCGUUCACGGAAAAAGAAGAAGGAAAAACCAAACUUGAUCAUCCCGUCUUCGAUCGAGCGUCUCGAGUCCUUCAUGGACAAACUCUCAAUGUGGCAGCUCGUAUCACUUAUGAAUACUUCUUGCACUGAGAUUGCGACCCGCAACAAGAAUGAACGUGACUGGAUGCAAAAGUUUUGUGAGGAUGUAGUUGAACCACUGUUCAAAUCAAAACUCCCGGAACAAUGUGCCCUCCUGCGCUCCAAACUCUUCCCAAACUCUCCCUUCUCCGACGAACCUUCUUCUCCCGGCCCAUCUACAGAGAAAUCACUUCAUGGGUAUCGUUCUCAUCAUUCAUCAUCGACUACUGCAGCAGGCUCACAAAGUGGUGUAACAAUAAGGGCCCCUGCUCGCACUCGCUCGUUGUCCAUUUCGCUCGCCCAGGAAAAAGAAAAGGAACGUGCAGCAAGCGUAGGCGCAACGCAGGACAAGGCACUUCAGCGUGCACUAACCCGACAGAUCAGCAUGUCUCGUACAUGGAAGGGGAAAGACCGGUCGACAGCCACGGUGUCACAGGCAGAUACAAAGAUGCCUGCUGCAACCGCUAAGCGUAUCAUCGGGCGCACUGAUUCCCAGUCCCAAUCCUCCCAAUCUCGCGCAGCACCGGCGAUCACCCUCGUAACAGCAACGCCUGUGAAGAAACCGCCUCCCCGUGUCAAAUGCGUCAGCUCGGAGGUCAAGUCCUAUACCUAUUGCUGGGACUCGAGUCUUACGCUGCUCGACACAGAUGACAACGAGCUUCCUUGCACAUCUGUCCCUUUAUUUGACUUCUCCUCUGACAGCCUGGGCAAUGUGAUGGAGGAAGACGAGGAUGCUGAGGGGGAAAUAUGGCUCCCAAACUCUUCGCCUGAUGUGUUGUUGCUUGGAAAGAGCGGGUGGGACAUAAGUGCCAAGAAACGCGUUCCGUCGGCUGUUCUGAAUUCGGAUACCCCCGUUAGGAAGCGGGUGAAGCUUGGGAGGUAG